AUGCCCAACACAAACGAUGUGCCCGCCAAGCUCCACUGGUCCCCGUCGCGUCUGACGGACGAGAUGAAGUCGUCGUCCCUCGCCUCCAUCGGAGUGGCCAUCAACGUCGCGUCGUGGAGACACAUUGCCAUUGCCUGGACUCAGAACGACGUCAUGGACACGCAGGCAACUCACUCUACCGCCGUCGCCAUCCAUCACUACGCCAAGGAGUUCCUGGACGGAGGAUACACCGCGCCCAUCAACUAUAAGUUCCGACAUGCUAGCCAGCUGUGGCACCGCUUCCUUGGUCUUGACACCGCCGCUGUCACGGACGUUGACGUAGGAAUGAACAUUGAUGACCUCGACGUCAUGGAGGCCGCCGAACGCUCCCGUGCCCAGCGCGAGCAUCAGGCGUCAUGUUUAUGGAAUAAAGCCUUUUAG